AUGUUUUUAAUAAACACACUUAUAAGUUCAUUAUUAAUUGUUGCAAUUGUAUGCGAGGAAAAAGAAGAUGACGAGGAAAUUCUACUUAAAAAUAUUCUAUCAUUCAAUGACGAUUAUCUGGCAGAUAUUCGAGACGAAUAUUCUCGAAUAGUGUUUGAUGGUAAAGAAGAUGAUUUAUCAAUCAAAAUUGGAAUAUUGGCUAUGUAUUUUCGAGUUUAUAAAAAAGUUGUGCAAUGGGGAACGGAUGGAAAAGGAUUUGAGCACUUAUAUCCUGUCCCUUUAUAUGAUUUUGAUUUCGAUGUUGCGGCGUUGUGUAAAAUAGGAUUAGUGAAGUGCAUCGAAUCGAUUUUAUAUCAAAUCAAUUCAACCGCACCAUGGAUUCUUCAAAAUUCAGUUUCUUUAGAAGAGCUAGCACUUGCCAAAAUAAUCGAUAAUCAAAGAAUCGGAUUAGAAAUAUCAGCAUCUCAGGUUCUUUGUGCAUUGACAAAUUCACGAAUUGCUUCUUUUGAAUAUAUUCCGUACUGUAAUUAUCGAGUUGAACAAACAGAGUUCGGCCCAAAAAAAUGGCACGGGAAAUCAUUUUUUCGUGAAAAACUGAUUGAUGAAUUCGUAGGAGGUCCUUUUCAAUGCGCCACUGAAAGUUUUUGCCCGGAUCCAUGCUGCUUAAAAGUUCCAGAAAUUGUGCGGAAAUCAACAACAUACAAACCGUUAUGCGCCCUUAAUACAUGUCGAGAACCAGGAUCGUCGAUAUCCUAUGCAUUGUGUGUGUACGCCGAGCCGCACAUAUUGAUCUUAGCUAGAAACUUCGAAAAUGACUAUUUGUUCAAUCUCCGUCAAAAUAAAUUCAAUAUUUCCUGUGGAUGUGAGGAAGAGAGUAUGAUUUAUAGACCAGACAUUGGAGAAUGCGUUCAUCACAAUCCAUGCAAUAAAAUAUCUCUUUGUCGAGAAAAUUUUCAAGAAUGUGUUAAUAUACAUUCGGGAAAAGGAUACAAAUGCGUAUGUCAACUUGGUUAUAGAAUGACUAAGAAUAAAGAAUGUGUUCCUCUGGAAAUCUCAAUUCCACAAUAUUUCGGACACGCCUACAGUCAAGAAAUGGAGAAAGAUACCGAAUCGAGUUGGUUAUUUCUAUAA